AUGGCGGGGUGGUCGCUGGAGGACCUGACGCUGGGGCUGUACCGGCUGAGCCUCAAGCACGCCGCCGGGAAAGACGUCGACGCCAUCCCCGGCGACGUCGUCCGCAACCGGAAUGACCUGGAGGAGAUUCUUCAUUGGCUGCGGUGGGCCAUGUCAGCAUAUGAGACAGACACUGCCGCCCUCGCGACGCAUCUCAGGGUCCCGCCGUCGGCCAUCCACAAGCACGUGAACGAGUCCGCGGUGUUCCGCCCGGCGCAUUACGUGGCGGUGAGCGCGGAGAAGCAGUGCGUGGUGGUGGGCGUGCGCGGCACGUCGAGCUCCGCCGACGGGCUCACGGACCUCUGCUCCGCCGGAGUUCCCUUUGCUGGCGGGUACGCGCACGUGGGCAUGUUGGAAUCCGCCAAGUGGGUGGCCACGAAGCAGGGCAAGCUCAUCGCAACGCUGCUCGAGCAGAAUCCUGGCUAUUCGCUGGUGACGACGGGGCACUCCCUGGGGGCGGGCACAGCAGCGCUGCUCGCCAUGCUGCUGCGUGACCCGCCCACAGUCUCCUCCCUCUCCCUCACGCUCCCCCCGGCCGCUCUCACCCCCACCUGCUGGGCCUACGCAUGCCCUGCUGUGGUGUCGCAGAAUCUUGCCGAAACCUCCUCCUUCCUCAACACUGUCGUGCUGCAGGACGAUGUGGUGCCGCGCAUCUCCCUGUCGGCCAUCACCGACCUCCGCAACGAGAUCCUCAAGACCGAUUGGGCGGCAGUGGCGCGGGACAACCCCACAGCAAAGCGCCUGGCGUCACUGGCGUCCGGUUCUCAGUCUGCUUUGGAGACGUCUCUCGGCAUCUCCCAGGGCCAGCUGCUCCCCACGCUCUCCUCCCAGGCUGCGUCCUGGUUCAGCUUUGCUCCUGCUGCCGCUCCUGCUGCUGCUGCUGCUGCUGCUGCUGGCGCUGGGAAAGGUGGGGCAGCGGCUGGGGGGACGGCAGGUGCAGCAGGAGCGGCAGGGGCGGACGACGGAUGGGGAGGGUGGCUGACGUAUGCAGGCAGUUUCUUUGCGUUUCCUGCGGCUGCGACGCCAG